AUGGGUCCGAUUCAUGGUAAAGAUUCAAAUAAUAAAUUUCAGCAUCUUCGUAUUUGUUUAUUCAAAACGGGUCGUUCUGAUAAAAAUUUGAAUGAAACAUAUGUAGAUUCGCCUGUUGUUGUUUGGUCUGAUGGAUCAAUUGGUAAAAAUUCAAAUUCCAAUGACGAUCUAAAUACAUUAAUUCAAUUGGGACAUAUUGUAAAUCAACAGCGAAAA